AUGGCUCAUUCAGAUCGGCUGGGACAUGAUAAAACCCUUCUGUGGUACUUCCUACGCAAGACGACGAGGAGCCCCCGUGGUUCAUGGGGUGCGUUCACGGCGGCGGCAGACUUUGUGCACCCGAAGGAGCGCGUGACCUUGACCCGGUACCCAGUUGCAGCUUUGACCUCAGAGGCUUGUUACUGUGGCAACUGUCAACAUGGUUUGGUGGCCAGUGAGUGUUUGAACACAUCCUACAGUGGAGAGAUGAAGGAUGUCCCAGGUUUGUUUGAGGGUUUUUUUUUCUCUUUUCUUUUCUUUUCUUUUCUUUUCUUUUCUAGUGCCCUCUCCCUGCCGGUUGGAUGUGGAGAGAAGAGUGUGGCUUUCUACAGAACUGAAGGACCAUUUCUGCGCAGCGUCCGGCUCUCCGUCUCUCCAGACAGAGUGCAGGCUGGGAAGACUUUUGUUGUGGAAGUUUCUGGAAAACUCGCAGGACGCCCCAACCAGCCCACAGUCCAGAUAUAUGUAGAAAAUCAAGCCUAUCCAACAAAUGCAGAUAUAACUCUCCUGGCAGUGGCUCAAGUACCAGACCCUGUGGAGUUCCUCUGGGACUUUGGAGACUCGAGAUCAGUCAGAACCACCUCAAGGACUGUCGCUAAAAGAUAUCAAAAACCUGGACGGUAUGAUGUUAUUGUAGUCAUGACUAGCAGCCAGACCUCUGUUACCUCCGACGUGUUCUCGCUGGUCAUCCAGAGAGCGGUAAGGCUCAACAGGCUGCUCCACCCAGCUUCUGUCCUGCAGAACCAAACAGUUACGUUGGGUUGUCGGGUCAACGCUGGGUCUGAUCCCACCUUCCUGUGGAGCUUUGGAGACGGAUCAUCCAAGACGGGGCAGAGCACAGAACAGCACGUCUACCACAGGACAGGAGAGUUCACAGUGAACGUCACUGUGUCUAAUCUGGUCAGCUCUGCCUCUUUAAGUAGUCACAUCUUCGUUGUGGACCGGCCUUGUCAGCCCCCCCCUGUUAAAAACAUGGGGCCUCUCAAACUACAGGUUCCAAGAUACGAGGCAAUCCGUCUUGGGGUGACCUAUGAGACUGAAGUGGACUGUGACAUUUCAGGCGGCCUUCACUACACGUGGACAUUGUUUGACUCUGCAGGACGCAUCUUGUCUUUGCGUCUUGUGGACACAAACAGACAGAGCCUUAUUCUGCCAAGACAUCUCCUGCAUUAUGACACCUACACUGCUGUAGCCAGGGUUCAAGUCAUUGGCGGUGUGGUGUACAGUAACUACAGUGUGAGAGUGCAGGUGAUACCAAGCCCUCCUGUAGCCUUCAUCCAGGGUGGCACAAACAUCUACAUUAACAACAGACACACUGAGGUGGUAACCCUGGACGGGCAGAGAUCUUCUGACCCAGACUUCCCCAUGAACCCCAUCAGCUUCAGCUGGAAAUGUAGACCCGUCAGCUCCAUCGGCGGCUCCUGUUUCCACCAAGACGUUCCCACUUCAUCCCCCGUGCUCUCAUUUCCGGCUAGUUUCCUAAAAAAAAACUUUGACCAGUUUCAGUUCACGCUCACCGUCCACAGCGGUGAGCGCUCAGCUUCAUCAGAGAGCUUUGUCACAGUAACACCCGGUGUGAUCAGGAAGGUGUCAAUUUACUGCCUCCAGUGCCAAGAAGAUCAGCUGAACUGGGAUCAGUCAUUCUCUGUCAGCGCCGAGUGUGAGGGCUGUGAUAUGUCCUCAGAAUCAGUGCAGUACAGCUGGAGUCUGUUCUUAGUCAAAGCAUCCUCUAAGCCGGUCAUAGAAGUCCCAUUUUGUUACACAUUGGAUCUCAGUGCUCCGUCAACAAUCUUGGAGGGUUCUGCAACUUCCCCUCAGUCUCCUGCGACUUCCACCCUGCCUCCACCUGUUAAAGAUGCUCUACAGGUCACAAUGGCUGUCAAUGUAUCUAAAACAAGAGCCAGAAAGAGAAAUCGGAACCUGGCUGACAGCUCAGUAUUAUUGAAUGAUAACAGAAAGAAAACAAGUUUGACAAAAACUGAGCUUCUCUCCUCUGUAGUCAACCUAGAAACAGCAGGCUCGGGAGAGGAGCCCUUUUAUCGCCCUCAGGGGGAGUUUGACCCUCCAGAGCCUUUGUACUCCUCCACUGAAUACCAGACUCUUGCCCUUGACAACAGCAGCGUCCUAUAUCCAGACCACUUUGGACUGAGUGACGUUAUCAGUGAAAUGCAAAUAGAUUCGGACUCCUCUGCUGACUGGGAGCUUUCUUUUCCUGUCUUGGAGAGUGAUGACUUGGAAGGCCAAAUAGGUGAGACGAAACUGGUCCCUCUGCUCUGGCAGAUCCCAGAGGAAGGAGAGCCAGGGAUUUCAGCAGGUCGACCUACAGGUGCAGCUGGUGAGACCUUCAGUCUAGGAGAUGAUUCAGUGUUCGAUCCAGCAUUGCAUGAAGAUGAAGGAAAUAAUCUGGUCGAUGACAGGCCGCUGGUCGCAGUCCACGAACCAACCUUACUGGAUCUACCUCGAGAUGCAGUGGACAGGAGUGUUUUUGAGUCCUACACUUACACAGGAAUUUCCUCUCCUCUGCUCAGCUUCAGGCCGUUCAGCCUGAGACCUGGCAGCAGAUACAUGUUGGAGGUCACUGCCAAGUCUCAUGACAGUUAUCUGGGCCGGACUCAGCUGUUCCUAAAAACCAACCCUGCUCCAAAAGGCAUGACGUGUCAGGUGCAGCCAAUCAGAGGAAUAGAGUUCUUUACACACUUCAGCAUCUUCUGCACCUCGGGGAGAGAGGAUUUAGUGUACGAGUACAGCUUCAGUGUAGGAGACAGACCUCCCAGGAGGCUGUAUGUGGGCAGAGACUUCCAGUACUACUUCAGCCUUCCUGCUGGUGACCCUGAUGAUGGCUAUAAAGUAACUAUUUACACCGUGAUCAGAAGCAGCAUCGGUGGGGCGGCUACUAAACCCUGUCCUGUAGGCGUCCAAGUCCAGCCAAGAUUCUUCAGAGACAACUCUUCCUCUUUUCAUCUUGAUCCUGAUCUGGAGCUUUCAGAGGCAGGUCUCAGGAACUUAUCAGCUUUGAUGCAGCUUGGGAACAGUUUAGAGAUUCGCAACUACGUCAGUCUCCUCACCGGCAUCCUGAACAGACUCAGCCGGGACACUGAGGCAAACACACACAUGCAGAGACGCACACGCAAUGUGCUUAUCUGCACAUUGUGUGAGCUAGAGAGCAGCGAAGAGGCAUCGAUGGUAGACAGCAUCUGCAUUCUUAAAAGUCUUCUGCAUGUGACACAUCAGGUCUCAUUGGCAAGUGCAAGGAGAGUGACGGCUCAUGUUCGGGACAUCUCGGAGCGGUUAUCGCAGUCCAGAGCUCCAGGCGGGUACCAUCUGAACCAAGAGACACUCAACACCCUGGUGACCCUGCUCUCAUACAGCCUGCAAGCUGCUGUUAACAGUAACGACCUCUCAUCAGAAAAGGUCAACAGUGGUGACACUAAACAGGCUUUCGGAUCAGACCCGCGUGAUAAAUACAUUAGAAAUGGCCUGUCUGGUGGCUGCAUACCCGGCUCAUCCCCUGGUGUUUACAUAGAAACACUUGGAUCCAUUUCAACAAAGCAGAUGAUGCAAGUUGUAGAUGAGAUUCUGCAGACUGCUACAGACCUGGUGCUGAGGAACAUCUUGUUUAACGAGGCCGAGGAGGUCGGAGUCAGCUCCACUUUUCUCGACUUACACGCCAGACACCAAAACCAAACCUCCACAGUGGUCAGCAUUGGUUCAAGCACCUUCUACCUGCCACCCUCCCUCAUCCAGCUCCUGUUUGGUCAUAGUAGAGAGACUCAGAGGCCAUGCGUGCUCAGCUUGCUGACCAAGUUCAGCCACAGCCCUUACACCUGGGCUCACCACCCUGGAAAGCUGAGUGGACCAGUGAUGGAGCUGAGCCUAUACACGUGCAGCACAAAGAGAAAGAUUCCUGUUCACUCCCUUAUUCAGCCGAUAAUCAUCGAGUUGCAGCCACCACAGAGGAACAGCUCUAUUAAGGAGCACAGUCUCCUGCACAGCCAAAUCAACUACCACAGCUUCAGGAUUACCCAGGAGCACUUGCAGCAGGCCAUCCAGCUUAGUGUGGUGUUCAGGCCAUCGCUUGACAAGGCAUUUCCCAUCAUGUUGCUCUUCAGAAUGCUUGAGAGGCCGACUCCCAGCAUGCACCAUCUGCUCAAGAUUCACCACUGGGAGAGCAACACCACGCGUAUCACUCUGCCCACAUCCUACCUGAGUGCUGCAGGGGUAGGCUACCUGGCCCUGCUGAAUGCAGAUUUUGAGAAAGCAGCCAGACACAAGUACAUGAGUGAGCAGGUCAGUUACAGUUUCACUGUGGAGAGCAGCCUGUGUUUGUCCUUGGACCACCACAGGAGGGCCUGGACACAACACGGCUGCCAGACACAGCAAGUGGACACCACUGCUGCGGUCAACUGCAGUUGUCAGCAGUUGAGGCCAGUGACUGUGAUGCAGCAGCAGAUCCAGAGCAGCCAUGACACAGCCGGAGUGGACUCGUUUAUAAGUGUGUCCACUAAUCUGACAGUGCUGUGUGUGCUGGUGCUGUGUGUGUGCCUGUACAUCCCUGGAUUGGUGGUGUGUGCGCGGGCUGAUGUCGUCUCUGAGGUGAACCAAAGAGUCCACUUUCUGUCUGACAACUCGCCUCGUGACCCGUGUCUUUACGCUGUUACAGUCCACACCGGUCCUUGCUCUGUCGCCUAUAUGAGUGCAAAGGUUUACAUAGUGCUGAAUGGUAAAGAUGGGAUCUCGCAGACAAAAGAACUACAAGUCCCAGGAUGCACCUUGUUCAGGAAAAACACUCAAGAUACAUUCAUAUUAAGUGCAGCUGACUGUCUGGGCCCAGUAUGGGGGGUUCACAUCUGGCAUGACAACUCUGGCCCCUCCCCGACCUGGCACCUUAAAAAUGUGGAGGUAUCGGAGGUGAACAUAGGGAAUGUAAGAGGGCGUUCUUGGCUCUUUGUUGGCGAGUGCUGGCUAGCUGUGAAUAAAGGGGACGGUCGGGUGGAGAGAAUGCUGCUAGUUUGCGAUCAGGGACUCGGCUUUGUUAAGAUGUUGUGUCUCAAGCUAUCGGACUACUUUGUCGACCAUCACAUGUGGAUAUCUGUACACAGCGGUCCCUGCCCCAACCCUUUCACAUACACUCAAAGACUUAGCGUUUGCCUGCUGCUCCUGAUGGGCUAUGCGUGUGUCAACACAAUAAUCAUAUCUCAAAUGGAUGAUCGGUCGCUGUUAGAGGUGGGCAUCGUUGAUGUUUCAGCUGUUUCCGUGACAACAGGAAUAUUAAGUGUGGUGGCUGUGUUGCCUGCAGGAGCGUUGAUAUCUUUCCUGUUUCGGCUGCGCGACGUCAAAUUGGCAGAGUCAAACGGCCAACACACAAAUGGCACAAACAGUGAAAAGAUCUUUUUUGAAGACGCUCAAUCAGUGACUGAUAGUGUAUUUGAGCCUCAUCUCUUCUGGAGUAGUCUUCAGCGGUGGGCCCAGGAAGCGUGGAGGAACAAACACCAGGGCGCGGACCUGGAGUCAGUUUAUUCUACGAACACAGAUAAAGAACCUGUAAUCCAAACAGAUGUGGCCAUAAAAAAGGAACAUGCUUUUGAAGUUGAGAAUACGAAAUCAGCAUUUCAAAAUGUGUCCCUGAUUACUGAGGGGCCCGAUGUUGAUGCACCUCAGGGAAAAGUGUUAGGUCUUUUAAGUGAAAGCAGUGGGUUUCAUGGAACCAAACCGGCUCUUUUGUCCAGUACGAGGGCGGGCGAUGAAGCUAUUCAGAGGGAUAAAGUUCCUCAAGAAAAAAAGGAGGAAGGCAGCCAUUACCAGGCAAUCUGGUCCAAUUACAGCAGACGUCAAGACAACGUUGCCAGGCUCAAAAGGAGAGGAUUCAGACCAAUAUCCCAGUGGAGUCACUAUGUGGCCUGGACCCUGUGUCUGCUGUUGUCUCUCUGCAGCCUGGGGCUCUCUGUAGUGCUGGGAACGAGGUUCAGCAGCAGCCAGGUUCUGCUUUGGGUACACUCUCUUUUCAUCUGCCUGAUGUCUUGCAUCUUCUUCAUUCAACCAGCUGUGAUAGCUGUGGUGGCAGUGGUUGUCUCAUUUUGGUACAGAAAAAGAGCAGACUUUCACAGUUUCUCCAGAGUCACAGAUGUCGAGACAGAGGCUUCAAAACUGCCGAGCCCCGAUGGUUCUUAUCAACAAGAAGAUCCGUUUCGUAAAACUGCCUUUCCUCUGAAGAGAUGCACAAAUCACGAAAAGCUGCUUGGAGCUCGCCAGCGUGCCCGGUUCCUUCAUCACGUACGCCCGUCAACACUAGCAGAACUAAAGAAAACGCGUGGGAAGAAAAAAAGAGAGACUCUAAUCUGCAAAACCCUCAGGGAUCUGUCGGUCUGUUUCUCCAUGUUUUUUCUAAUACUAUGCAUAAAUUAUGGCAGCUCACUUACAGCUGAUUAUAACCACCUCAACAAAGCAGUGAGAAAACAAUUGAUAAGGGGCCAUGAUAAGUCCUUUAUGUCCAUACAAAAACAUGACGACUGGUGGAUGUGGACACACAGCCGCCUCCUUCAUUUACUGUACAAAAAUGCAUCAACCACAACCAAGUCAAACGUCUUGAUUGGAGAGCCAAUCCUGUGGAAGAUGGAGAAGUCCCGCUUAUUCCAGGUCCCGAGCAUGACUCCCAUGCCAGAGUGUCUUUGGUCGUUCAUGUCUGGAACAUCCGCUCAACCACAAUCCGGUGUCUUUGUUCCCACAAAAAAACCUUCAAGGACAUGUGGUCAGCUGGGCUGCUACUUUGGACAAAGUGUUGAAGUCGGCUUAGGCCACAGGAAGUCCGAUGCUGCGUCCAAACUGAAGCUCCUGAGUUCAGGUGGAUGGCUGGGCAGACAGACAGCAGCGGUGAAAGUCCAGUUCACCUUGUUCAGUCCUGCACUCAACUUAUUUACCGGUGUGACGAUGCUCGCUGAGCAGAGCCCGACAGGUGUCCUCCUGCCCUCUGCCAAAGUCCAGUCAGUUAGGGUGUAUCACACCCCUGCUGUGUGGGACUAUGUCACUAUGGUGUGCCAGCUCCUCUUCCUUCUCUUGUCUCUGCUGCAACUCUGGGAUCAGGUGUCCUCUGUAGGGCAGGAAGGGCUGUUUGGAUACUCGAGGAGGCCCUGCAGCUGGCUAGAAGUCAGUCUGCUGAUAGUAACCCUUGUGUAUUACUCUUAUUACAUCUGUCACUCUGUAAUUGUCUUGGACACAGUGGAGCUGCUGCAGAGACACAACCACAGAAGACAUGUUGAUGUCGUACUUCUGGCAACCUGUGAACAACAUAGCCGCAUUCUGCGUGGAGUUCUGCUCUUCCUCCUCACCAUGAAGUGUGUGACUGUGUUGAGGGUGAUCAGGACGUUUGCCACCUCUGCUGCACUCCUCACUCGCACACUUUACAGACUUUUAUGGCCAAUGAUUACAAGUCUUAUCCUGAUGGUGGCGCUGUCCUGCGUGGGGAAUCUCCUACUUGUGAAAAGCUCCUGGGCCUUCAGUCUACCUUCCCGCUCACCUCAGACACGCCUCAGUCAUCACUGGAGUCACAGGGCCUUAAAGUGCCAUCUCCUUUACCGAGGAGCUCUCUAUCUGUCCUCCAUUGUGUGGACAGCAGGGACUCUAGGUGUUGUGUCAUCAGUGUUCAGAAGUGCCAAAGCAUCUCGAACCAGGGGGAAUGUCUUCACUGUGACAGAAUUAACCGAUUACAUCAGACAGAGAGUCUCUGAGUUUACAGGGCAUGCACGACGACGUUCAUGGACUGAAAAUCAAGUGGAAAGGAGGACUUAUCACCUUGAGGAGUUUGAAGGCUUAGUGGAUGAACUUUUGUUUAAACUCAACGUCCUCUCAAACAGUCUGCACCUCACGCUGCCCCCCAAAGCCCAUCACUACAGGGAGGAGGACAGUCCUCACACCUCACCAAUACAGGAGCCUCCUUACUUGGAUGCACAGGACUCUGUGAGACCACUACCAUCAGAAGAGACCAUGUCUAAUGAUCACACAGAUGACAGUGGCCAUGUGGAAACCCUUUCUCCAUCUUACUUGCUCAGGUCCAGACUUGAACCGGAGAUACUGACACUCCAGCGACAGAGAAACCAAAGGGGAGACGACUGCUUCUCCAACGCUGCUUUUGCAUCACAUAAUUCACAGCAACCUGAUACAAUAACAGAAGAAAACCCAAAAGACAGAGAGCUUGAGACUUAUUUACAUGGUCAAAAUUGCGUCUCCCCUCCAGGGUCAACAUCACUGAUUACAGUUUGUUCAGAUGAUGAUCCUGAGAAGGAAGUUGAACCGGCGACUAGAGGAGAUUACAGCUGCUGGUUGAGUAUAACUCAGGCCACUCAUACCGAGGUGGUGGUGGAAGUUCUUGUACAUGAGGCACCUGAGAGUCUACCGUCAUAUAAACAGUAG